UAAAAAAACGCUCAGCAGCUUCAUCCUUGUGCUGCUUCAUCGCCGACGAAGGAUCCGUCGAAACUGCUCAUCGCCGGCGCUGUUCAGUUUUUCUGUUUUUUCGGAAAUUUGCUUGCUCUCCAUCGCUUUUCGUUUGUUUCAUUCAAUCGCUUUCUUCUUCCCUCCCACUACCUUGAUUUUCGAUUGGUGAUGUCCAAGAACAGGGCAUCUAAUUUCAUUUGGUUGCGUUCGGUGAUUUCAAUUCGGUUUGUGGUGUUGCUAAACAGGGUAUCUAGUUUCGUUCAAGAAGAAGCCCAAUACUCGAAUUAUCUUAAACCUGUGUCGAUCCAAAAGAGGAAGCGGGGAGAAGCGAGCGUGCAUCAUCCGACUUCCGAGUUCCAAGGUGCAAUUAAUCUUCAGCAAUCAAGCGAUUUGUAUGGAAAAUCCGAACAACUCGUCUCCAGAUUUGAUUCCAGAAACAACGGUUAGGGAAUCGAUUUCUUCUUCAAUUUCUUAUUUCUUAUUCAAGAUUUCAAGUGAACGAUUUCUCUCCUAUUCUCUAAUCUCCAUCUUUUCUGAUUUUCUUCUGAAUAUGUCCACAACAACCAUGUUGUCACGCACCAUACUAGAAUCGAGAGUAGAAAAUCGAAAAUUUUAUUGCUUCUCCAUCUUUUCAUGAUUCCAAAAACUUAAAAUAGAUUCUUCCCCUUAAUAUUUUGAUUUCCAGUUUUCUUUUUCUGAAACAGCAUAGGCGAAUGAAUGAGAGACUAGAAUUAGGACCGGUCCUAAUUCUUAGUUAAGCUCAAAAAGGAUUUAUGCAUAAGUUUAAAAAAAGAAAAGAAAUUAUGCUUAUGUUUUUAUGUGAAGAAAAGAAUGAAGAAGAAUUGAUAGAUAAUAUUGAACUUGAUGCCAUCUAAAAACCCCCAAAAAUAUAAUUUCUUUAAUCUUUCAUAGCUAUGUAUAUGUGUUAUGGUGAGUUUUUAACCAUGAUGGUGUUUUUAAAAAACUUAUUUACCUAAUAGGUGUAUUUUUAAACAUAUUUACCAAAAAGGGAUUUUUUUUAGUAUUUUAGUAAAAAAGAAAAAAACAUCGUGCCCUAACUCUCAUUCUUGGAACGUCGCUCUAAUCGGAACGAUUGAAAGACCGCUGCGACACCGAACUCCGGCCAGGCCUUCAUCUCCGGCGACUCCCCUCCAGGCGGAGAGACCGCCGGCCACUCCAUUCCAGGUGUGCGGCGACGAUUCUAGCAUCGGCAACUAACAAUGCUUCCAUUAAAAGAUAUCACACCAGCAGCAAGAAACAACAUCAACACACAGUUCAUAAUUUUGGAAAAAGGGAAGAUAACAUUAGAAGGAGGACAAAACAAGACAUGUAUGGGAUUAGUUGCAGAUGAAACUGCAUCUGUUCACUUUCAAUUAUGGAAUGAAGAGUGUGAUUCGUUUGAGGCAGGAGACAUUGUUCGUUUGUCAAAUGGGAUAUUUUCUUAUCAACGUGGCAAUAGUCUUGUUUUGAGGGCAGGGAAAAGAGGGAAGGUUGAAAAAGUGGGAGAGUUUACAAUGGCGUUUGUUGAGUCACCGAAUAUGAGUGAGAUUUUGUGGGCCCCGGAUCCGAAUAAUUCGGGGAAAUACGUACGAGAGUCUUUAAUUUCGACCCAUUCGUGUAUUUUCCCACCAACCGUUUAGAUUGUGUUUCUUUAGAAUAGGUUGGAUUGUAUUCUACUGGACAAGUUUUGUAGGACUACUUUUUGAUGUUAAAAAUGAAGAAGGGUAUUUACGUCUUUUGUA